ACUCUCCAGACUCGAGCUAGGACUAGUCCACAGCUGUACGUCUAUUAGUAUGAGUACCUUGUCCUAGUGAGCGGCAGGAGGAAGGAGGGAGGCCGCCAUUGCAAUUCGCUUCUCGAAUCGAGUGUGCCCUGGAAAGAAGUCCGCGAUCAAGCCUUCUGUUCUUGCUCUCUUUGACACCGGCUGGUGAAACUUUGCGCUUUCCAGUUUAGUGAUUUUGCUGCAUGAGUGGUUUUGUCAACAGCGUAGGCUUAGCAAUCUACCGCUUGCUCCAAAGUUUCUCCAUCAUUGGGACGCAAUCCAAGCAAUUAACAAAGCAUUUGUAUACGAACCGCUUACCUUCAGGAGCGCUCGCUUUCAGAAGCUGCCGCCACAAGGAUUCAAGGAGCCAAAGCAGAUCAGCGGAAACUUUCAUCGACGCACGCAGAAGCAAGAGGAGAACAUAUCAUCAGCAACCAAUCAAGGCAUCAAGUCAGCAAAUAAUUGACACAUCAUUUGGAUCAUCAGGAGACGCCACACGAUGUUGCUACGGCUGCGUAGCCGUGACGGCCUCGAGCGCAUCCAAGUAGAUGACCGCGCCACCGUCGGCGAUCUGCAGCAGAAGAUUGCGGAGCAGCUCCAAGUGCCGGUCAGCAACCAGGUCCUCUCGCAGGACAUAAAGUUGCUUGUGUCCAAGACGCCAAACGAGUUUGCUGACAUGCGCGAUCCGCACCGGAAGCUGAGCCAGCUGGGGAUGAGCAACGGCGCCAUGGUGUUCUUGUACUACUCCGGGGAGCGGCAGAUUGCAGGCCCGUCCAGCCAGCAGCCGAAAGGCUUCUCUGGCGGCAAGAUGACGAUCGACGACAUGAUUGCGCGUCAGACCCGCAUCGAGCGCCAGGAAGACCCCCACGCAACGUCCGUCUCGUUCGACCGUAAUGCCGCUAACGUCUUCCAAGCCUAUGUCAACGAGUCCCUCGGUUUCUCCAUCAAACGGGGGGGUGUCAUGUAUGGUACGGUGGCUGAGGACAAGGCGGUGCUCGUUGACGCAAUUUACGAGCCGCCGCAGCAGGGUUCCGAGGACGGAUUAGAGAUAACCUGGGAUGCGGAGGAGCUGGCGCGGGUGGAGCUGGUGGCGGGGGGGUUAGGGCUGAAAAAGGUCGGGUUUAUUUUCAGCCAGAGUGUGAGCCAGGUCCAGGGGAAGGAGUAUAUCGUGUCGGAGGGGGAGCUGCGGCAAAUGGUGGAACUGCAGGCCGACAGCGGGGACGACACGUGGGUGACGGCGCUCGUGAAACUAGACGCGGACGAGGAGUCCGGCGGAGCGGACGUGCACUUCGAGGCGUUCCAGACGAGCGACCAGUGUGUGAAGCUGUGGCGCGAGGACUUCUUUGCCGCGAAAGACGCGGGCGGCAGCAAAGACCCGAAGACGUCGUUGAUGGGCAAGGAAGUGAUCGUGGCGGGGAGAGACACGACGGAGGUGGACAACGACUUCUUCUUGGUGCCGGUCAAGAUCCUGGACCACGAGGGACCCCUUGUUCACACGUUCCCCGUCGAGAACCGGCUACCAUCCGCCAAUUUCCAGUCCGUCAAGGCCCACCUAGACAAGUACAAGAACUUUUCGUACGCCCAAAGACUAUCCGAUUUCCACCUGCUAGUAUUCCUGUCAAGAUACAUAGGCGAUGCCGCAGACAUAACCCAAAUAGCAGAGACAGUGCGCAAUAAGGGCCAGGUCGGAGAGGGGUACCAGCUCAUCAUCGACUCCCUAGCUAGUCAAUGAUUCUCUCGGUUGCGGCUACUUGCUCGAAAGUGACGGCAGGCCUUAGAAAACUUGAGGAAGCCUCAUUCCGCUUCCUAAGGAACAUGUAGUCGGGCAUGCAUGUUGGAACUCUGGGCUGGGCCAUCAGUGCUGGCAAAUGAUUGUUGGCUCGCAUCGGUUUCUGAGACGGGUCACAUGUUGGUU